CGUCAAAAGAAAAAUAAGCUACAUUGACAUUCUGUGAAAUGCAAGCAUGCAAGGACAGAAAAACAUUAUUUUAAUUUGAUGAAAAUAUUUUCUUAAUUUUAACUGCAAGGACUGUUUCUACGAUUGAUAGGAGAUUACAUUAAACUAUUCAAUAUGGCCCAAUCUGGAGCGACAUCAGGCACCGCGUCCGAAUACGCUGAUAGCGAAAUGCCAAUCUCAGUAUUAGGAGAGGCAUCUCCAAAUCCAGCAGCGGCAGGCACUUUUCCACCAUACCCUCCCUACAAAGUGGAACCCGCACCUCCCUCAGUCGCCGACACUAUUAUUGCGGGGCGCGACAUGCGUAUCCAGCACAAGUCCGUACCAAGACAACCUGUCCGCCCGGCCCCCAAGCCUGCAAGACCUCGAGGACCAAAAGCGACUGACGUGAAACUGACCAGACGCGCCAUGAGAGCGCACGCCCGCUGCCUCCGACGGCACGGAGCGAUCCUCACGGACCGGCUGGAACGUAUAUCGAAGCCUCGCCGACGAAACAUCAUUAAUCUGUGGAGGGAACACGCGUACACUUUGCCUCCUGAAACGAUAUAUCGUCUGCGUUCCAUGCUAGAUGCAGAUGAGCCUUUUAAACCUGAUCAAGCUUACGAAUAUUUUGUUAAUUUGCGCAAAACAAAGAAGAAAAAUGCAGCGAAAUGGCAGGUGAAACAAAUAAAGAAAGACUUGUUGGCAAUGUGUAGCGACAAGAGAUUCAUCUGGGCGCGUAACGCCACUGUCGCCCUUGCCAGAGGAAUACAGAUGCGUUUAACUCGACCAGGGCACUAUGCUUUGGCUGACAGAAUGUUAAGAUUAUCGAAUAUUGUCUUGGACGAUAUGUGUUGCUACAUGCAUGUGAAGACUCCUUCCAGACGAUGUUGUCAUUCCAAAGCAAAAUUUAUGAUGGAAAUGGCUGACAAGAUAACUGUUUGGAUCGACGAUGUUCUCACUGAAUCUGAAGAUCGCAUGAUAAUGAUGGACUUCGAUGAAGACGAUGAUGUGGUAAUGGCUGAGCAAGCUGGCGACACUGGAUUCGCGGACGACUUUCUCGACAUGAUGGGUGGCCGAGGAGUCGCAAAGAAACCUACACCGGCUUACUUAAAGUUCUCAGGUCCUAUGCUGGAAGCUUUUCUUAUUCUUACCGAUUCAAUGACUAAUAGAGGAGAUGAACAGCUUUUAUCCCAUGGAAAGUUUCAACAGACUUACAAAGAUGGAGCUACAGAAUUAAAGCAAACGCCUGAUUUUGAAGCAACAGAUUACGAUAGCACAUUAGCUAACCAACUGAACCAAGAUCUAACUGCAACUAGUCAAGCAAACACUCCGCCUGAACUCAAACCUAGUAUGAAGGAAAUUAUCGAUAUCUGCUCCAAUUUCUUAGCACAAAACGCUGAAUUUAACAAGGACAAAGGUCCUGCUUUCAAACUGUUGGUAAAAUCAAUGAAAACAAAGGCGAAAGACCAGCUCUAUGAAAAAGGAAAGGCACGUCGGACAUUCGGAAAAGCGGCAAUCGAACUUGAAAGGGCAAAAGGUUUGGAGAGUGAUCACGAUGAUCCGAACUUAUCGCAGGAGAUUCAUUCAGCUUUAUCAAAAACAGUACAAUCUGUAACGCCCGAUGAAUUAAAGGCUGAUAUGACAGAAACAUUGGACGUAUGUUCGAAGUUUUUAUCUCAGUGCGCUACAGAUGAAAUUGAGCGUGGUCCAGCUUUUGAUUUAUUAAUAAAAGAACUGGAAAAGCAUGGAUCAGAUCAGUUUACUCCCCAAUUUGAUACCUUGAUCAAUAAAUUUCCAGCAGCAUACACGUUAAAGUCCGCGCCUGGACUGUCUUCCGUCACCCCAGAUCCACAAACAGCUCCAAUAUUUAAGAAGGCAUUAGAGCAUGCAGUUCAACUUGUAACACCAAAUAAUCUUAAAGAAGACAUGGAAGGUGUCAUAGAAAGAUGCAGUAAUUAUUUGUCAGCUUUUGUUCGAGACAGAGGUAGAGCUAUGGAAAUACUUUUGAAGUCUAUGAAGAAAAGCGGUAAGAAGGAAUUGACCAAAAGAAACAAUCACACAAUGGAUUAUGCAAAUGGAGCUCAUGAAACAGAAAAUGCUCCUACCCUAGUUCCGUUUCUACCUGUAAAAGAUAUUGCUAACGAAGUAAAAGGAAAACUUGCUAAGGACGUCGAAAGCUCUACGCCCAAUGAUUUGAAGAUUGCUAUGAAAUCAUUGGUCCAAGACGUUGGUAGACACUUGUCACAAGGUGUUGCCCUUAAGAGUGGUAUUGCCGGUGACAGAUAUCCAUUAAACUUUUUAACGGCAAUCAAGAAAUCCUUAGGAACACGACCGCUUUACAAGUACAAAUCAUAUGGACAAACCUACGGAGAUGCAGCUGACGAAUUAAAAUAUGCUGGAGUCCUGGAAUCUGAUCAUGGAAAUGAAGAACUGCGACAACAGAUAACAGCCGAACUAGAACAAGGCAUACCAACACAGCUGACUACAACCGUUACACAAUCAAUGCAACCAAUCAUCAUGGAUGUUUCUAAACAUUUAGCGAAAAUUGGAACUGAGAAAGGAAAAGCUUUGGAUUAUGUAGUAAAGGUGAUGAGAGAGGAAGGAGAUGCUCCAAUGGAACAGUUACAAGGUUACAUGCAAAGUUAUAACGAUGGUGCACGAAGAAUUGAGAAUGCACCUAGUUUAACCAAUGACAAAGUUGAUAAUGCAGCAUACGAGUCUGUGAAAGGUAAAAUCACAAGUCUCACUGAGAAGAAGCCUGAACCAGAACACAUGAAACAUUUACCAGGGCUAAUAGAAGAUUCCGCAAAAUUCUUAUCUGCACCGUUUCCAGAAAGUGAAGCUGAUAAGCGUCGUGUUUUGGCUGAUUUAAUGGCUCGAAAAGGAGAUAAUCUCUUAGGCCAAGAAGGUCUCUACAAACUGACUUAUACCGAAGGGGGAGAAGAGAUAAUGACAGCUCCUCUGGGUAUCACUGCAGCCCACGAUGAGAAAAAGAAAAAGGAUAUGCUAGAAAACAUAAAUACUGUAAUACCUGACCAAAAGAUGAUGGACAUACUUAAAGAACCAGCUAAUGAGGGAGCAGCAUAUCUGUCAGAUAUCAUCAAAGGAAGAGGACAAGCGUUACAAGUUAUACAUGACAACUUGGAGAAAAAACAAGAUAAGGACUUCAUUAAUUUAGGAAAAUAUCACAAGAGUCAUGUCGAUGCCGCUCAUAUGUUGGAAUCAGCAGCACACUUUGGAGGCCACACAGCAGCACCGAUCAUACUGAACAAAGUAAAUAAGCGAAUUACUGAAGUGGCUAUUCCUGACAAGAGGACCCAAGAUUACAUGGAAGAUACGUCUCAUCUUACGUCUUCAUAUUUGGCUGGUAUUGCUACAGAAGAAGCGGACUUAAAUCAUAUGGAUACUACUUCAGGUGACGACGAAGCUCGUAGAAGAGCUGAAGAGGAAGCCAAACGGAGGGCAGCGGCUCGCAGGAGGGCCGAGGAGGAGGCUCGGAGGAGGGCUGAGGAAGAAGAGCGCAGACGACGAGAAGCAGCUGAACGCGCCUCUGCAUUGGGAAUACUACACACACAACUGGAAGCUCGAGGUGGAGAGAACUUUUACAAACAACCGCACACAGAGAUGUCACACGCACAAGCCUCAAAAUGGUUAAAAACGCCACCUAUGAAAGUUGAUAAAGUAGUGAAAGAAUGCGCCGAUACAGAUCGUCUUCACAAGAAAUUCGAAAGGAAACUUAGUGCAGUUGUCAGUAAAAGCACGCCGAACAGCAUGAUUGACGUAAUGCAGGAUGUGGUCAUCGAGUCGUCACGAACACUUUCAGAAUAUUUCGUUGCUAGCAAUUACAAAGCUUUAGCCCGCGAAGGUCUUAUUUCGGAAAUGCAGAAACGAGGAAACGAAAUUCUUGUGGAAGUAAACGGAGCCGCUGAAACCUUUUUUUUUGCAGCAGAAAGGUUGAAGAAGGCAACAUCUAUGGAAAUAAAGGAACCAUGUACUUCAGUAGCAUAUUAUAUUGCUAAGAAGUUAGAUGAAAUUAUAAAAUGUCGUUCUAUGGCACGAAAAUUAACGUCUACCAUGAAAGAACACAUCAAAACAGCUGCAGAAUACUUAUCGGAAUUAGCAACGAAGCCGGACGAACAAAUCGAGGCAUAUGUAACGUUACUUGCUGAAAUGGAAUCAAACGGUGACGCAUUACUGAUUGAGGGAAAUAUUCCGAAGUCUUAUAAAGAUGCUGCUGCUUACCUACGGCAGUUGACAUCGUGGGAGGACCAAAUCAACCUACCAAACGGAAGUUUACAAUCGGAAACAGUUAGAAAAUUGAAAAGAAUUAUGGCAAAUGUUACUCCUAGGGGAUACAGUACGUCGGUACUGGACGGCGUUAUUAAUGAAUGUGCGAAGUUGCUAGUCUCAUACAUUAUGUUACAAGGUGAAAAGACUAAAGCACUAAGAAUACUAGUUAGCAGAAUGGAUGCUUCGGGAGACGGUGUAUUGCUACGACAUGGCACAAUUCGCAAAACAUACACGGACGGCGCCGAUCUAUUACGUGACAAAAAUAACGAUCAACUUCGCGUACCAAACGGGGACCCAGUGGUCGCAAGAAAAAUACACAUCAAACUUCACAAUCUAAUGCUGGCGCAAACUCCUGAAAGACAUGCAGCGCUUAUGGAAGAUGUUAUUGAAGACGCUACGACGUACUUAGCUGUACACCUUCUGCAACCGCAGCUCAUUCAAGUCUGUAAAUGUAUGAAAAAUGUAUUUGUACAAUGUGAGCUGUGGUGUGAUGAGAUACUGCGGCGAGUCGCCAGACCUUGCUGCACUUGUUCGCGACACGUGUCAGCUCAAGCCCUUCAAGAUUUGGCCCCCGCACAACGGAUCCAGAUCAGCCCAAGCUCAUCGCGGGCAUUCGCACCGGGCAUCGAAAUAUCACUUACUUCGUGUCCUUCGAAGGUGCUGCGGACUUGCAACCGACGUGGAGAAAACAUUCCAGAAUGCCCUGCAGCUAAAGGAGCUGGCCCUUGCGAGGAUAAUGCUACCACAUCCUAUCUUCUAUAUUCUGCUGUGCGUGACCAGCAGGAGUCUCGCAGCAGAAAUACUUUAGCGUACUCUCCGGAGGCUCCAUAUAUACAAGCCAAGACGCCAUCCUCCAUGGAGCGAGAAAAUUUAUCGCGCCAAUCACUGUUGUUUGAUGUAUAUCAGACAGAACAUGCGCCGACAUGUUCUCAUAGAAGUACUGAUAAAGCUGAGCCGGAACACGAUAAACAAGAGACAUCUGACGAGUCUGCAGAUAUGUAUUUCACUCCGCCGAACACUACUACAACCGACCAGUCACCAUUUUGGCAAUCACCGACUACAAUGUACACCAAUGUUAUAACGCGCAAUAAUUACCCCAGUCCUAAAUCUACUUUGGGUACAGUGUCUUCUUCCGCAGGCGUUUCCGGGAUUAGUUCGCGUACACCUAUUGUGACGACCCACCAAAUGACUGACUGGCAUGCGAUGAUGGUCAGCCUGAUGUGGAAUGUGCAAGCAUGGCGCGAUUGGAUACAGGAGUGCAUGGAUCGUGCUUUGUCUUACAGAUAUGAACCAGACAUCUCACCAAUGGAAUCUGAAAAAAGAUGGGCAAAACUACGUGAAAGAAUCACUAAUGAAGCAUUCCAGUGGCGACAAUAUAAUAAUUUCAGUCGACAAUUAACACUGCGUCUUGCUUCCAGAUACGGAGACAAACAAAUUGUGUCCCCGACACGUGCUACGGUAAGGACGGCUACCUAUAGAGACUGCCAAUCGGAAAUGUUGGAUAUUAUAAACAUGUUUUACAGAUGGACGCAUUGGCUCAACGCAGUGGUGAAGGAGACCAACACGCUUCAACAAGUGACAGGCUCGGAUGUGCCUUUGCACGUAAUGCGCUGGAUUCAUUUCAAAAAGAAGAUUGAGGAACACCUUGAUGAUUGGAAUAAAUACAAAACACACUUAAAUGUUUAUUGGGAGCACAAGUACCAGUCACUGAUUUCAGAAUGGCUGCCGUCGUGGAACAAGCCGGGUCCCGUGUGGGUCGUGAGCGCAUGCGGUGCCGUGCCCAGCGGCGCGGUGGCGGCGGGCCUAUGCCGCGGCGAGGUCACCUGGGUGGCGCGCACCACGCACAAGAACCGUGUUCUACCAGCGGCCCUACACCCCUCCAAGCAUUGCUGUACAGUCUACGCUGAUGGUUCUGUUCAUCAUUAUACUAAAUACCAAGUGAUGUGCAACGCCGAAGUGACCUGGAAACCUUGGAAGGCGGGCAGCAUACCCACCGACUCUGUCAAAAUAGCUUCCAAAGUAUACGCGGGCCGAGUGCACUACCACGGGUCGCAUCUCGUUGGGGCCGUGCACGCGCCCGCUUAUCGGUGUCACGUGAUUAUAUACGAUAGGCCGUUCGCCUUCAAUUGUUACGACUUGCUUGUACUCGAAGCUAACAAACGAUGAAAAACAAGGGUACGGGAGUAGGUGGUGUGACGCUAGAAGCUAUAAUCGCUUGAGUUGUGAUCUUUGUUGAGGGAAGAAAACUCCAUAUUCUUAGUGACAAGUGUAACUUUGUGUUUUUAAUGGUCAUAGUUAAUUGUUAAUGGAAGUUGAUAAGUUACAUAGAUCAAGCGCAAGCGAUUGUCGCCAGUAAGUGUAAAAUCACCAACUUACUUAGGAUACUGAUUGGCAAAUUUUGAAAAAAUUGUACGUGGACCAAUUGAGCCAAUUCGUAGGAAAAUUGCAAUAGCAAUUUUGUUUUCUUUCUCUACGAAGAAUCUCAAGGCCUUGGUUCCUGAAUAUCUAUGCAGUUGCUGUAGAUUUAGUAUCGAAAACAUAGAGUUUUUAGUUUGUUAUAUUUAUAUUGUUGAUUUGUUUUUCGGUGGUUUAUGGAAAUAUACAAAAGUUCUUUAGAAACAAUAUUAAUUUACUUAAAUAAUACUACAAAAUGAAUAACAUCAAUCAUCUGUUUGUUGCUUAUCAUCGUUUAUGACGACAAAGUCUCCGUUCUGUUCUUUGGUUUCUUCGACGACUUCAACUUUCUCGAUGACUCCUGUGGCUGCCACUAGUCUGACGAUGUCUCCGGUUCUGAACAUGUCUGUGGCGUGUGUAGCUCCCACUAUGCACGGUAGUCCAUAUUCACGUGCUA